AAGUAAGAAUAUAACUAUAUUUGCCUUCCAUAAAAACAAGUAUUUAGGAACGUAACAACCAGAGCUAGGUUCAGUUCUUUAGACAUUUGUACGUAGAUGACUUAAUUCAUAUUGAUUUGAUAUGGAUCCCGGUACAGAUGUUGAUCAUGUCCUACAGGCGCUUGGAAAUGUUGGUAGAUAUCAGAAGUUUCAGUUGUCUAUGCUGUUUGUAUUUAUGUUGGAAAAUGCUUUUCAUUUGAUAGCGGCAAACUAUAUCAGUUACAGACCAGAUUACAACUGUAAAUCUGUUAAUGCAACAGAGUUGAUCUAUAACCAAUACAAAUCUGCUUCCAACAUAUCUGAUAUACAUGUCAAGUAUGGAAAGUGCGAAAUUGAUAUUAACGCAAAUGUUACUGGUACUGAAUAUCAAUUUUCACAGUCUUGUCCAAAUGGUUAUGAAUACGAUAUGCCAAGAGACAGAUCGACCGUUACGGAGUGGGACCUCGUCUGUGAGGGAUCAGCACGAUCUGAGUUGGCUCAGACAUUAAUUAUGUUGGGACAAGCUGUAGGUGCUGCUAUUUUCUCGCCUCUUUCUGAUAGAUACGGAAGGAGACCAAUUAACAUUUUGUCUCGAAGUCUUUAUCUAAUAGCCGGGGUGACUGCAAUGUUUUCACCCUCCAUUGCAGUUUUCUCUGUUUUCAGAUUGUUGAUAGGAACCUUUCAAGGAGGCAGUGUGAUGACUGGUACAACCAUGUGUGUAGAGUUACUACCAACUGAAUUUCGUCAUCAAGGAGAAGGACUAGCAUUCUUGGCGUGGACAUUGGGGAUUGUUUUUACUUCCGUUGUUGGAUACAUUUGUCAAAAUCUGCCAUGGAGAUAUUUCCAGAUGAUUUUAGGGUUAUUAUCAUGGCAUGUUGUUUUUGAUUGGUUAUUUCUCGACGAAUCGCUACGAUGGCUCCUUGCGAAUGGGAAAACAAAACAGGCAAUAAAGAUAAUAAAGAAAGCAGCCUCAUGGAACAACCAAAGUUUUGAAUCCGUAAUGGAAUCAGUAAAAAAGAAACAACCGCUUACUUCGAUGGAGCUCGUUAUACAACCUCCGGAAAAACCGGAAUCAAACGGCAACCAUCAGCCGUUGGAAGUCAAUGGAACGACCGAGGUUAAACAAAAAGUCCACAAAUACUCAGCUUUCACCAUUUUGAAGCAUAAAAAAAUUCUUCUAGUUUCAGUUUUUUUAUGGGUGAUAUGGAUAACAAAUACACUGACAUAUUAUGGAUUAAUGUUAAUGACAUCCAAAUUUGCUGGUGACAGAUAUCUGAACAAUAUAUUAGGUGCCCUCGCUGAGGUUCCUGCCAUUAUUUUCCAACAGCUUAUUAUAAACAGAAUAGGCAGACGAUAUGUACUUGUGAUGUAUCAUGGUCUAGCAGGUGUAACGCUAAUCGCCUCCUCUCUUUGCUUCACUUAUUCAAAACAAUACGAUUGGCUGACACCUCUGUCGACAUUUUUCUCUAUACUAGGAAGAUUCGCUGCUGUGGGUUCAUUCAGUAGUGUGUUCCUUUAUACACCUGAGCUGUAUCCUACCAAUUUAAGGAAUGUUGGACUAGGUAUGGCGUCAACGAUAUCUAGAAUAGGAUCAAUGAUUUCACCAUUUGCUGCUACUCUGGCUGAACAUGUGUUUUGGGGACCGGCGGUCAUCUUUGCUGUACUGAAUAUAAUUUGUACUGUUAUGUUGUUGACCUUGCCAGAAACAAUGGGACGCCCGCUACCAACAACGGUUCAAGAGAUGAAAACCUGGUUUAAAGAUAAGAAACUUUUUGAUGUUCGUUGGCCAAAACAUUAUCGCAACAGAAAGGAGAUGUCUAACAAUUCUUGAUAUAGUGUUAAACAUUGUUUUAUCAUACAAUCAUGUAGAUACCCAUUUUACUUUUUAAGGAAUUAUCAUCUUUCUAUUAUUUAUUUUUUUUCAUUCUUGACAUUUAUCCUAGAACAGAAACAAGUUUUUAUCAUUGUUUAUGCUUGAAAACAAAGUAUAUAAAAUCCUACUCAUUCUUGGCAUUUAUCCUAGAACAGAAACAAGUUUCUAUCAUUGCUUAUACUUGGCAACAAAGUAUAUAAAUCCUAAGACAAAAACAUAUCUCCUGGUGAUCUAAUUUUUUAAUAAACUAUUUUACCUGAA